CGGCGGGCUCCGCAGUCUCCCCGGCUGGACCCCCGGGCUCGGAGCAGGGUUUCCGUUGUCUGCCGGCACCCGGCCGUUCGCUUCCUCUCGGUGCUGCCUCCGAAUCCGGUCUGCGGCGGGGGGCGGUGGCCACUCCCCGCCCCGCCGAGGAACGAAGAUGAGCUUCCUCUUCAGCAGCCGCUCUUCUAAAACAUUCAAACCAAAGAAGAACAUCCCCGAAGGGUCUCAUCAGUAUGAACUCUUAAAACACGCAGAAGCAACUCUAGGAAGUGGGAAUCUGAGACAAGCUGUGAUGUUGCCAGAGGGAGAGGACCUCAAUGAAUGGAUUGCAGUUAACACUGUGGAUUUCUUCAACCAGAUCAACAUGUUAUAUGGAACCAUCACCGAAUUCUGCACGGAAGCGAGCUGCCCAGUGAUGUCUGCAGGUCCACGAUACGAAUAUCAUUGGGCAGAUGGUACUAAUAUUAAAAAGCCAAUCAAAUGCUCUGCACCAAAAUAUAUCGACUAUUUGAUGACUUGGGUUCAGGAUCAGCUGGAUGACGAAACUCUUUUUCCUUCUAAGAUUGGUGUCCCGUUUCCCAAAAACUUCAUGUCUGUGGCUAAGACCAUUCUGAAGCGUCUUUUCAGGGUGUAUGCCCACAUCUACCAUCAGCACUUUGACUCUGUGAUGCAGCUGCAGGAGGAGGCCCACCUCAACACCUCGUUUAAGCACUUUAUUUUCUUUGUUCAGGAGUUUAAUCUGAUUGAUCGGCGUGAGUUGGCACCUCUUCAGGAAUUAAUUGAGAAGCUUGGAUCCAAAGACAGAUAGACUUCUGUCUCUGCUAGAGCACAGUUACCUUCUUGCUUCAUCUACAGCUCGAACUGUCUCGUUGCAACCUCCUAUAGGACUAGUAACACAAACUGAGAACACGGAUACAAGACACACCAUGUCUCUCUCUACUGAGAACACUGUCCCAAAGGUAGGCUGGCCUGGUAGCAUCAGAGUGAGACCUUAGGGGCCCAGCGGACUCUGCUGGUGUGUGAUCACUCCUCCUUAUUGUCACAGUGUCACCUUGGGUUGUGUUAUGUGAUGAUUAACCUGUAGUUUAUUAGUUUCCUUAAUUCUGUUUACUGAAGAAAACUAUGUAUUCUGUUUCAGGUGACAGCAUAAUGGAUAUUAAGAAUUUCUACCAAUAAUUUAUUAACAAAUUUCCAGAACAAAUUUCUUAACAAUACAAUCUGAUCCGUUUUAUUCUGUUUCUGUUUACAAAUAGAAAAGGUAUUUUUAAGUUUAACAUUUAGAAAGGAAAAAAAAAGUUUAACAUUUAGAACAUUUGUGUCACUUUGGUUUAACUUUUAAGUUUAAAUUUGUAUGCUAGUGUUUUUAUAGAUAAGACUGUAUGUUUGUGUCUAUUUUUUUAAAAUCCAUGCUUGCAAUUUAAAUCAUAUAGCAUAUGUGGUAUGCAAACAGCCAAAGUUAUUUCUAAAAUGACUAUUUUAUAUCUCUAUUAAGGAUUUUCGUAACAUAAACACAUCUUAAAUUGUUAGGAGUUCGUGUGUGUUUGAUAGUUUUGUUUAAAGUUUGUAAGGAUGAUCUUACAGAUUUAUUUUGAUAUGUUUAAUUCCAUUUAAGUUUAACGUGUAGCUUUUGACUAAAGGAAAGAAAGCUUUCCAAAAAUCAUGAAACUUAGGUUUCAAAACCACUCUGUUCAUGCUGUGUCUCAAAGGCCUUCAAAUUCCAGGCAGGCAAACAGAAGAAAGUACUUGAGUAAUUUCACGUUUCUUUCGUUCUUUUUUUCGCUCACAUCUUUGCUUUUAUCAUGACUUGACAAUUAAUGAUAGUGGAGAAAGGCCCUCCAGAGAUGGAUUGACACAGUGAAUGCAGCAGUGGGCUCAAACGAACCCUUGUGAGGACGGCCCAGGGCUGGGCACUGGUUCACACUCUUGUAUAAUGGGCUUGAAGCACCAACGACACGCACAAUUUCAUUCCAAGAAGGGCAACUUCAAAUCACAACAAAAACACGAAGAUUCACGUGUUUUAUAAUACAGUGAAAGAUUUUGUACACUGCAGUGUGUGUGUGUGUGUUAAAAUGGAAUAAAUUUUUAAAAAACCCUUCUGUUUAAAAUAAAAGUGAUUUGAGUCACUGUAGGGGUGGUAUCUUGACUUAACUGUCCUUGAAGCAAAAGAUGAGCUUAUUAGGAUAAAAAGAAAAUCCCCACUUUAAUGAAGGAGGAAAUGACUUGUUUUUGUAGCAAAAGUUGAGCUUAUAAAUGUCUAUUAGGAUAAAAAGAUUCCCACUUUAAUGAAGGAGGAAAUGCCCUUUCCUCAUUUGGUUCCCAGGAUUUCACUAGCUCCAGCUGACUGUGAACUCGGUUGAGGCACACGUCUGGUGGGGGCUCCCAAUUGGCAGAGUUGACUCGCCAGCAUUCUGCGUGUCGGAGCUGAGGGCUUGCAGGGUGCUCCCGGCCUCCUCGCAGCCCGCUAACAGAUCCGAGAGUAAAAGUUCUUCUGUUUAAUUUUUGUUUUCCCUAUCUCACUAGACUAUGGAGAAUGGAGAAACACGCCCUAUAAUAAUUCCGCAACAGUAAAUUCUUUAUACAGAAAUGCAAAGGAAAUGAAGCAUUUCAUCUAAAUGCGGUCAGAAGCACAUAAGAUUGUUUUGAGUGGAUAAUCCCUUCUAAGAAAGAAAAAGCCCCGUGACACCUUCCAGACACGUGUGAAGCUUAUACAGAGGCCCUUGUUAGCCGCUGUGCGCGCGCGUGCAUAUGUGUAGGCGGAUCACUCAGAAAAAGGAAGCAGGUGUUUAGAUGCCGCCUCAACUGGUACUGUCCACUUGACAUUCAGCUUUGUUGGCUUUUGUUUCUUUCCCUCUCUGCAAGCAAUGAGCUAUUUCAGAACUCCGGGGACUGACUUUCCUCAUCAUUUCUAACUAUUUGAGUAUUCUCACCAAAAAAGUUUUCUCCCGUGUAUCAUAAGAAAUCCUCCCUCUCUCCAUGACUGAGCUCCCAAACGAACCAAAGACGGCCACAUCCCAAGACGGCUUGCUGAUGGGACACCGAUCAAAAGUUGGUCGUUUGAGAUUUAAAAUCCCACCCACCCCUUUUAUUAAAAAAAUUAAAACAUUAUUACAGGGUUCUCAAGCCAAACAAUGCUCUGAACAUAGUUCAGAGGGUCAGGGCAGGAGGAGGAUUUGGCUGAAUAAGGAGGCUGGGCUGAGUGAUCACGUACCAGUCUCUCUUUGGUUCCCUCAUUUGAUCUCACUCCAGUGCUCAAGGUUAGUGCAAACCCAGGGCCCCUGCUUCCCUCCCCCUAGCUAACCCAGGUCCUCACCUCUGUCCAGACCGGACCACAGGCAUGCAGUGGAGAGUACUUGCUAAAUUAUAUGGUUUAUGGUGCUUUAUUUUUCAGGCCCUUUUUUUUUUAAGUAAAAACUUUAAGACAAUGAUGUGUAGACUGUUUAAACAUCAAGGCUUCCUUACCACAGUUUUUGUACUGACAGCCAAAUAUGUCCUUUAUUCUUCAGAUUGUGAAUAAAAUUAUGUCAGUGGGCUGCCCGCUAACAAAGUGUUUCAUCCAAAAUUCCGAGUGCCCGGGCUUAAAUUUGUAGCUACUCCCUGGAGAGAUGCACACACGCCUGUGCUCACCAGGAAGGUUUCUAGUAGUGCCGGGCCGAGAGGGAAGAGCCCUCUUUGUGACUUGAACUGCUGCAGACAUGGCUGGGGCCUGAUUCUCUUGGUGUGCACCCUGAGCAGUGGGGCUGUGCUAGCAACCCAGGGAGCUUCUGGAACGUAACAACGCCGUUACCUCGUCAGCAUAGCUCAGGCCGCAGAGUAUGUACAAGUCUAGCCAUCUGCUUCCAAGCAGCCCACCCUGCUUGUCACAGGCAGGGUCUCCUGUCAGUGAGAAAGCUGCUGGCUGGGACCCCAGGCCUGAGCACCUGCACCAGGGGCAUUGGUCUUCCUGGCAUUCACGCCAGCGAGCAGAUUUGAUUUUUACCUUUUUUGCUUUUGGCAAGGUGGGGAAACAGUCCUUUUCAGCCUUGUGUUUUUGCUACUUCAAAAGCCAGCCUUAGGGACAGUAUUACCGGUGGUAGCAGUAUUUUGUUGAAAUUCACGUGCAUUUGCUCUCAUCACAUUCUGCUCCGAACAAGUAUUCUGUGAAUCCAAAGAGGUUCCCAACAUGUUACCUGGAGACUAGCUGUACAGCCACCUCCUGUGUUUGGUCAACAUCAGAAAUGCUUUGUAUCAGUUAGUCUUGGCUACCAUCUGAAAUACUUGUAAGUGUUCUUUACAUAAAAAUGUACGUUGUACUUUUAAACUUUUUAGGGGCUUUGUCUAUUUUUCUAAGUUUACUGUAUGUACUUUUAAAGAAGUAUUUUGUAUCUACUUUUGUAACUGCAUUGGAAUAAAGUAUAUUGAAAAAAUUGA